UGUGCGUGUAUGCAACCGCAUUUCCAAUAGGCGGCCUUUGGUUUUGUAAUUUCAUAUUUUCUCUAAUAAAACUUAAAUAAAAAAGUGUGCCAAUAUGCCUUUCAUGAAGGGACGCGCGCCUAUUAGGCGUACCAUUGAAUAUUUGAAUGCCGGUCGCCUUGUGCUCAAAGAAAAAGUGAAAAUAUUUAGCGUGAACUACAAUGUGUAUGGUGAUCACCACAAAGGCGCCAGAGACUUUGUGUUUUGGAAUUUGGGUCAAAUACAGUAUAAGAAUCCAAAUGUACAAGUGGUGACAUUUAAGAACUUGACACCUUCCCCGUUUGUGCGCUGCUACUUUGAGGACGGACGUGAUAUGCUUAUCGACAUAGAUAGCCGGGAUCGCGAGGAAAUUAUAGAACAUCUCUGCAAAGUUGUUGGCAAGUCAAAAGCCCAAUUGGACGCAGAGGCACAUUUAGCGGAGAGUAAAGACAAUCCUGCCAACUUUGGUUAUGGCUGCGAUAGACAUUGCAUCUGUGAGAUACCCGGUCAAGUGCCAUGCCCAGGCACUGUUAAAUUGCCCGAUCAUCUGCGUGGCAAACACAUAUUUGCGCCGAAGUAAUGAGAAAAAACUAACAUUUUACGUUUUAGCCUAAUUCUAAAUAAAACACACAUAUACAGUUACAAUGUUUACAAAUAAA